CGGUGGCGCACCGGCGCAAAGUGGAACGACUCCCCUUGUCGGACAACGGCUUCGGCAGCACACUAGGCGACCAGCGAAGCGCGCACGCCGUUCUGCGCCUGCAAGCCGCCGACCAGCCAUCGGGUCACGCCGCCUGCUCUAUCGCCGCCGCAAGCCUCGGUUGUCCAACCGCGAGAAGUGCCAACCACUGUGGAUUACGACGCUGCCCGGAUCCUGUUCAUGCGAAGCGGCAGAUGGAGCGCCGCAGGCGGAGGCCGGCGAGCUACGCGCUAGCGGGCUUGGUGCUGGCGAGCCUCGGCUGCACAGCCGUCUGGGCUCGUAUCUACGACCGUUGCGAACUUGCCUUGGAGCUGCACGACCGUUUCAAGUUCCCCAAGAGGGACCUCGACAAGUGGUUGUGUCUCGCCUAUUGGGAGAGCCGAUUCGACACUCGAGCAUACCACAAGGGCAAAUACGAUGGAAGUGGCGACCACGGUAUCUUCCAGAUCAACGAUAAGCAUUGGUGUCAGCCUCACCAAGGUCACAGCGAGAACGUCUGCAGGAUGCCAUGUUAUCUAUUACGGGAUGACAACCUAUACGACGACAUUGAAUGCGUGAACAAGAUAUUCCGGAGGCACGGUUUCCACGCCUGGAUGAUGUUCAGCCACAAGUGCUCGGGCAACACGCUCGAGUUCUUCAAUGGCUGCGACUUUCGGAUACGACGCGGUGACAUGACUAGUUCACCGACAGGGCUACAGAUCACCAUAGAGCCGCCACCCAUACUGGAGAAGCUGAGCCAACUCAGCAAAGGCAUAUACCAAGCGGGCAGCCAUCCAGUGCCCACGCGCCGUGCGCCGGAUCCAUCCACAGGACCAAGCGCGGGCCCGCCGGCUCCACGCUGGGCACCCAAAACGAACAUGCCGCCCAAGCCGCGCCCUGUCGCCGUUCGACCGCCUAGGCCUCAGCCACCGCCAAAGAAGGAAGCUAAUGCUGUCUUGCCCCACAGGCCGCCGCCGCUGAAGCGCUUGCCAGCACCGCCUCAACAAAAACCGCCGCGUAUUGUGCCUGCCGCUGUUGCCAGGCCGCCUCCCCGGCAGCAAGGGCCACAUUUUCCGGCACUGGCGAGGCCUCCGCUCACACGGGCUCCGCAGCGACCUAAAACACCAAGUGGCCUUCUUGUGCCGCAGGAGUCGGUAGGCCAAGUUGUAUUCGGGGUUCCUCCACCAUUCGUGCCAACGUUACCCGGCACGCACCAACGUCGUCCGCCACCGCCGCCACCUCCACAUCUCGUGGCCGUGCCGCCACAGGGCCUGGGCAUGUUUGGUCUGCGUCGUGGCCCACCGCCGCUGCCUAUACCUAUCCACGUGCCUCCACCGCAGGACCAACGGUCACCAGUGGUCUACAAGCGCACGAAGACGCGCCGGUUACCCGGGGGCCUCCGGCUACGGCCUUUCUUCGGCUUCGCCAGGUCGUCUAGGACUUUCAAGAACAAAGGAAAGACAUGACAACACGUUUGGCGCAGUCAACUCAGGUCAAGUACUGUUCGACGCAGCCUUUGACUAAUGCUACCCAGGGAAUGAAUGACCUGACCAGCCAAGUCAAGCCACAAGCCCAUUGAACUCUCAGUUGGACGCAGCACAGAGUGCGCGGCGGGAAGUGUCUCGGCAUUUCGCUCAACAAACACCUCAUUACCAGUGACUGUCAAGCAUUGAACGACAGGUCAAGUGAAGUUCUGCCGUAUUGACUUUUCAACGACAGGGUGGCACCACGUAUCAAGUGUACAGGAGGUAACCCGCUUCCGCAAGGAAGUGUUGGGACUGGAGAGGCAUUUGGAUGUAUCAUAACAAACGUGUGAAGGCUACUGACAUAUCAACCAUUUUUCUCAACCGAAAAGCCGAAGUUGCUCCAUACUUGCUUGUUCUUCAUGCCGAAUUUUCAAGCGGCGUGCGGCAGAAUGGACACACUGCCACUAACUGACAGCGAUAAGCCGCUAUAUUAGACUAUGUUGCAACUGCAACCAAAGCUCAGUCAUCUUGAUGAAAUGUCUGUCCUAUGCGGUUUCUAGCGGUUUCCGUCGAUUGAUUGUGUAGUGAUUAUUUCGCGGAGAAUGCACAUGUAUUAUUAGCUGUAAAUUGGCACACAUACGAGCGAUGGUUGUACAGUAAGCGCUGUGCAGCAUCAACCGACUGUACGAAGAGAUCGUAGUUUACACUUCAGGAAUCUCGCAACCAGCUUCCAUUUCUGUGUCACUGUUUUAUGCAUUGUAUAAACGCUGUUCGCAAAGUCAUGCGCGCCAGCGAACAAUGUGUCGAGGCUCACUGUGACUGUCCUCAAAGCGUGCCCGGUACAGAGCAGCUCAAAGGCGUCUUCGUUAGGCUAUACGAGUAAGUGGUAUGGCAGCAGUGCUGACGUGAGCACUUACGCAACCUAGCCGAAUGCAAGCUUUGGUAAUUAGAAACCUAAGCCGUGUUGAAUUUCCACCGAGUUCAUUCGCACUGCUACCAAAUAGAUAUAUAUCUUAAUUUCAGCACUAGUUUUACGAACCAAACUACGUUAUGCAAGACAAAGUAACAGUUGAGCGGAGAAAACACAGGAGUUCAACAUUCUUAAAAGUGCGGUUUUGAUGCGCGUAGGAUGAUGACAGCAUCGAUGGUAAAAUUAUAGCACUGCGACGGGUGUUCGCCCGAAACUGAGGCAUGACAGGAAUACUUCGCGGCUUAUUGCGAACCUUAACAUCAUAUAGUCGGGCGGGUAAAGUGUUGACAGUGUUGUAGCCAUGGCUGUACAUAAGAUAUAUUAUAUAAAUGUAUAAUUUAUUUUUCAUCUUUGAAACUCACUUCAACAAUGCGCCCUUCAACUCUUAUCCAUUUUGUUUUUCUCCUUAAGCGCAUAGUUUCUUUUCCCCGACUCUUUGAGAGUGCCAACAUGUCAACGCGUCAGUCUUUUUUGUCUCCUUCAAAAUAAAUUACUUCCCAUUGAGCU